AACACCUGUGUCCACAUGGAGAAGAGAACCAGUCUUAUCUGCUCUGAUAAUCAGCUGCAGUCACUCAUCAUCAUCAACCGGGGUCAUCCAACCUGUGCGGUCACACUGACAAGCCUCGAGUCCUGAUACAUUAGCUAAUUAUGAACCCAUUCUUCCCAGAUAAUCUUGAAGGACUCGUCACAUACUCAGAAACCUGAAGUCUUUAACAGGUUGUGUCGUAAGUCACUGUGUCCUCGGCCAGUGUUCUGCAGGGUUAGUCCACAUCCUGGUGUGUCGACUGUUCAACGUAGUUCAUUCGAACAGACUUGUUCAAUGAGCCUUGAAAAUGAAGACAAUGAUUCUUGGGCCAAUUUUAGGACUGGCAAAUGUCUGAGAGUCAUUUCUGGCGAGCCACAUCAAAGUGGAGAGAAAAUAUAACUUUUCCUCUCGGGUGCGGACGCAGGCCCGGGGCUGCGAGGAUUUUUGGGUCGGAGGACAUGUGGCACAUGCUUUGAUCUGACACACCACAGGAUCUGACAGCAAGAUUUGGUUUUGAGCUGAUGACUUUAUGGCUUGGCGUCCAAUGGCAGCAGGUCUGCGAAUGAGCAGGGAGUUGGCUCGUAAGAUGGUCAAGCACGGCCACAAGGGCACGGUCCUGAGCAGAGAGGAAUUUGAGGAGAAGAAAGCAGCUGCGCUCGCUACCGAGGCCACGAAGAGCAACGCGUUAUACAACAGGAGCCGUCCAGUGACACUGGCAAGUGCAGGAAAAGAACUCAAAGAUAACUUCCUGAAAGCCCUGGCAGAGCGAGAGGAGGCCAACCGCAGUGGGAAAAUGACUUCGGUCAUUUUCAUAAGGGAUCAUAAUACUCUUGGACAGGAAGUGUCUGGCUAUAUAGACUACGCCCACAGACUCAAGACCCAAGAUUUUGAACCAUAUUUCAGCGGAAAGAAGAGGCUCAUGCCAGGGCGUUCGGAUUUAUGCUACUACAACUGGGAGACGCAGGUGUCCACGUCCAACUCCAGCCCCAACUUUGAGGUUCUUUAUGAAGACCCCAACGGUCUUCUCUUCAGGAAUAAGAGGGACAAAAAGAUCCUGAAUGUGGACCCCUCGUCUGGACCUGGUGAAGACUCCAACAGGACAUUCCUACCGUCGGACCUCUACAUCCAUGUCGUCAUCUACGACCACAACAUCAGAACGGUCUGAGCUUCAGAGGACGCUGCCGACACGUCCAUACAUAUGGCACAUAUUGGAGAACACUGGAAGCCUCUAAUUUGACUGAGUUGCUGUAGUUGCACCAUCAUUUACAAACUGUUCCUCUCAUAUCAUGCAUGCCAUCUGGGUGGAGGUGCUGCAGUAAAAAGUGACUUUAAAUGGAGGAUUCCCAGAGGAAGAAGUGGGCGGACUGGUGUGACAACUUGAAUGUUUUCUUGCAAAUAACUUGAGAUGUUGAAUCUAUAUUCAGAUUCUGAGACACUGUGGUCUCAUUAGGCUCC